UGAAAUCGUUCGACUGUUUAAUCCCGCCCAUUCACGCGUUUCCUAGGAAGUGCAUGUUACGCACACUUUGUGAUCGAUUCAAAGCACGAUUAUAAAGAUUCCACUCUCCCUGCUUCUUUAACACAAUGGAAGUCAACAGAACAGGCAGAACCUUCCUCAUAACCGGUGGAGGAGGUUAUUUCGGAUUCCGUCUUGCCAGUGCUCUCCUCAAAACCUCCUCAAACGUUGUGCUGUUUGACGUGAGGCCACCGAGCCAAGAGUUGCCGGAGGAUAUAGUAUUCAUGCGGGCAGAUAUCCGUGACUACACUCAGGUGGAAAAAGCGGUUCGGGGCGUGAACUGCGUGUUCCACAUCGCCUCCUAUGGGAUGUCGGGACGGGAGCAGCUCGAUCGAAAACUCAUCGAAGAAGUGAACGUACAGGGAACAGAGAACAUCCUCAGGGCUUGCGUGGCACACGGAGUCCCUCGUUUGGUCUACACGAGCACAUUUAACGUAGUGUUUGGAGGUCAGGAGAUUAAGGACGGUGAUGAAAGUCUCCCUUACUUGCCCUUGCACCUGCACCCUGAUCACUACUCCAGGACUAAGUCUAUAGCUGAGAUGCAGGUGUUAAAAGCGAACGGUUCGCCUCUGAAUAAUAGCGCAGGUGUCCUACAGACUUGCGCCCUGCGUCCAGCCGGUAUAUACGGCCCUCGUGAGGAAAGGCACUUGCCUAGAAUAGUUAGUUACAUUGAGAAUGGCAUCUUUAGGUUUGUGUACGGGGAUCCUGAUAGUCUGGUGGAGUUUGUUCAUGUGGAUAAUCUAGUGUCCGCACACAUGUUAGCUGCCGAGGCGUUAACUGAAAAGCGUCAGCAUCGUGCCGCCGGUCAGCCCUAUUUCAUUUCUGAUGGAAGGCCUGUGAACAACUUUGAGUUUUUCAGGCCUCUGGUAGAGGGUCUGGGAUACUCGUUCCCCACGCUUCGCCUGCCCAUAUCGCUCAUUUACUUCUUUGCGUUUCUGACCGAGAUGCUUCACCACGUCGUGGGGCGGAUUUAUAACUUCCAACCCCUGCUGACCCGUACUGAGGUCUACAAGACGGGUGUCACACACUAUUUCAGUAUGCGUAAGGCACGAGAAGAGCUGGGAUACGAGCCUAAACUGUAUGACCUGGAUGAUGUUGUGCAAUGGUUUCGGGGCAGAGGUCAUGGGAAGAAACACAGCCAGUCAUCAGUUAAGAAACUAAUUUUAGAUGUUGUUUUGGUGGUCGCAUUUGCAGCAGUGGCGCUCUCCUGCCUUCCGGUUGUGGGACAGUGAAAUGUGUGGAUUUAAUUUCAGUUCUGUGCCUUAUGUGAGAUUUAUACUGACCUGAUUUGUUAAUUUUUAAAACAUGUAUGUUCAUAUUAAUGUACACGAGGGAUGUAUUGUUGUGAAAUGCUGUAAAGAGACAAAUAAGCUAAACCCUGAUAAAUGUUUUAUUUUAUUUCCACUUUUGGAAGGGCAGUGUCCUUAGAGAGUUCGGGGUAAACAUAUUUUUGU